AAUCUAAGACACACAUAUAUAUAUGACUCGAUUUUAGUAAAAACACGAUGAGUAUAUUGUUGAAUUCAACUGUUUUAAGAGGUUCCAUUAAGACAAUUUUUAAUUAUUUUUUCUCAUAAUUUAUUUAUUUAUGGAACAUGGUCGAUAUUUAUUACGUAGUUUUGGCCGUCUACUUAAUAACUUCGGCAAAAAUAAAUAAUGCCAAUAUUCCGGAGGUUUGUGAAACCAAAGAAUGCCAUUCAUUAGCGGAAUCAAUUAAAAAGGGAAUGAAUGAUAGCGUAAAUCCUUGCGAUGACUUUUAUUCCUACGUAUGUGGUUCAUGGCAAUCUAAUUAUCCGGUUCCUAAAGGCGAAGAAUUCUGGGAUUUAAUUAAAAUAAAUAAAGAAAAAAGAAAAUUUAUUAUAAAAGAAAUUAUAGAAAAGCAACUAAGUCCUGAGGAUAUUGAGCCAUUAAUUUUCGAGAAUAAAUGGUACAAUUCUUGUAUGGAUGAAGAUAGAAUUAAGAAAAAAGGAUUGGAACCGUUGAAGAAAAUUAUAGACAAGAUUGGUGGUUGGCCAAUGGUUAUGAAUACAACUGAAUGGGAAAAAAAAGAAAUCACUUGGCAAGAUGUUGUUUUUCAUUAUGUCGAUACUAUAAGAGCAUACGGUUUAUUUACUAUAGGUACUUCACAUAAUCCAAAAAAUUCCACACUUAAAAUGAUUGGGAUUACUCAAGAAAAUAAGUUUCUGCCUGACACUAAUUUUUUGAAUGAUAUGGAAAGUAGUCAUUAUUAUAAUCAAUAUAUUUCAUACAGUCAUGGAAAUAACGAUGAUAAUGAUGAUAUUACAAAAUUUCAAAAUUUUCUAAACAAAGCAAUUUCUAAAUAUUCAGAAUCCGAAGGAAUGAGGGACGAAAAAGAAAUCGAAAUUGACAGUAGGAAUUUGUUUGAGUUUAUUAAAUCCUUGGAGAAGAUUAAAUUAACUCUAAAUAAAAGAAGAGAAUUUGGAUAUGAAAUAAUGCGAAUUAGCGAUUUUCAGAAUUUUUAUAAUCAUAACAAUAAUAAUGAAAGCACGAUAUCAAAGAUUAAUUGGCUUGAAAUAAUUCAAGCCUUUUACAAUAAUACUGAUGUUUUUAUUGAUGAAUCAGAAGAAAUAGUUGUACUUGAGAAACCUUACUUUUAUAAAUUAAGUCAACUACUAGAAAAAACACCUCAAAGAACAAUUGGGUAAAUUUUAAAUUCUCUCGUAUAUGGUUGGAAAGCUACACUAAAGUGGAAUGUUUCUUCUGAACAUCAGAAAAUGAUUGGGUCAAAAGUGUAAAAGUUACAGGCAUUUAAAAAAAAAAGUUUUUUCGUGUAGGUUGGGCCAGGGCUUGAUGCUUGGGCCACUGUAGUAAAUCAAUAUGAAAUGAAGGAAAUUGACCAAAAAGGACCCGCAAAUGGCAGAAAAAUGCUUAAAUUGAGCUGAAAAUGAUAAAAUAAAAUUAACCGCCUAAACCAAAAUCCGAUUAUUCGCGAAAUUGGUCUAAAAAGUUAAAAAAUAGUACCAAAAUUUAUUAAGACCAAUUUUUUUUAAUGGUAAUGGCAUCUUUGACUCUUUUUUUUAUAUAAAAAAUUGAAUUUUCGAUGUCGGGACGUAUGAUAAUAUUACAAAAUUGGUGGGUGGCCCAACCAUGACAAACGGCGUCGUAAACAAAAACACGUUAAACAAACAUAAUAAAAAUAACAAUAACGCUAAAUAAUGCUUGAAACUUUUGAAUUACAUUGUAAUGAACAAUUUUUGUCAUUUUAUUUUGUUGUUUGCUCAUUCCUUCUGGGUUAUUCCACUGACUUUCGUCUAAUAAUGGUUGCGACCAAAUUUUUAAAAAAAUUUAGUUUUAAUAUAUGUGAAACUCGAUGAUUCCCUGAGUUCAUUAACCAUAAUAUUAUGGUAAAAAUUAUAUUCCCUUUAAAAAUAUUAAAUAUCAAAAGUAGGAGGUUCACAAUGUGAUUUUGUAACCUUAAAUUUUUCAAUUUUUUUAAAAACGCUAUUAUUAAAAAACUAUUAAAAAUUAGAUAUUGGAACUCACCAAAAACAUAAAUCACUUUAUUCUGCACAGAGGAACGAAAGAAUUAUUGCAAAAAUUUAUUAUUUUUGGAUGAUAUACGAUUUUAAAAAAAAUUUUAUUUAAAUAUUCUCAAGAUUUUUAUUUACUUAUAACUUUUUUGUCGGUGCUCCGAAAAAAUUGAGGGUUUGCACAAAGAUUUUUUAUAAUAUUCUUUACCUUCUUUUAAAAUCUUACGAAGGUGUUUUGCUUCGUUUUGGAGAUAUUAAUUUUAAAAAUUUUUAUUUAAAAAGGUUAAUUAAAAGACUUGAAGUUAACUGACCAAUUUCAAAUCGCUACAUUUUAAUAUAUUUUUAUAAAAAAUGGAGCAGUUUGAAUUUGGUUAGUUAACUUCAAGUCUUUUAAUUAACCUUUUACAUAAAAUUUUUACAUUCUCAUCACAUGAGAAGGUAUUAUAAUUGGUCGAAAAUUGACUUUUACUAUUUCCAUGAAAUCUUUACGUUUUGAGGUGCCCUGAGUCGAAAAAACAUGGUCCGGCGAAAGUGUCUGUCUGUGUGUCUGUAUGUAUGUAUGUAUGUACGUAUGUAGACACAAAAUGUUGUUGACACAAUAACUUUUGUAAAUCGAAACAAAUCGUUUUGCAAUUUUGCAUACACAAAGUUAGUAUCAAAAUACAGGUUAAGUUCGUUAGCCAGCCAUUUUCAUCAAAAAAUGCAAAAACUGCGGGAUUUUCAAAAUUUUGAAAUUUAAUUUUUUUUUAAAAAAAUUUUUUUUCACUACACAACAUUACAGUCCAGGAAAAAGAAAACAUUUUUUUUAAAUAAAAUUUUUUGAUUAAAUUAAAAUUGUAAAAGUUACAGUGGUUUAAUUGUCGAAAAACACCUAAAAAACGCCAAAAAAGACAUUUUUUAUGAAAAAUUAAAUUUUAUUAAUGGGUUGAAAAAAAUCAGUCCAUAAAAUAGACACAUUCUCAUCAUAAUAGACUCAGAAAAUAUGAUACAAGUGAAAAAAAUAUCAAUUUAGAAAAAAACCACUCUAUAUACAUAUUAUUUAUAUUUUUUUACACAAAAAUCAGAAUUUCUGACUCAAUUAUCUUGUAAUGUAUUCAUUUUGGCAUAAUGACCCCCGAGACUUUUUUCUUCAUGGGCUGUGACUACCAUGGAACUUUUCUUACUGUAUAUAUAUAUAUUAUAUAUAUAUAUAUAAAUCUUAUUUUGUAGACCUGUGUUAUGAUUGUUUAUAAACGUUUUUAAGAUUUAAUUACACAAUAGUGAUUAUUUUAUUUAAUCACGAGGGGGAAUUUACUAGUUAAAAACGUGUACACUUGACUACCGGUAUUACACCUAAUGUUACCAUUAUUACUAAGUUAUUACACGUUAUUACAGAGUAUUACACAUUAUUACAGAGAUAUUACAGAGUUUUUUGCGUUAUUACAGCACCGUAAUAACGCAUUAUUACACGGUAUUACACGUUAUUACACAAGUAUUACAGGAAGAGUGUACACUUGACUACCUGAGUAAAUUCCCCCUCGUUUGAUCAUAUUUAAAUUUGAAAAUCUUUGUUGGAGUUUCUUGUUGUAAUAUAUGUCAUAAAAAAUGUCAUUUGCCACAGAAUGAAUGUUUUUUUAGCGAACACACGAAUCUCAAGGGUACCAAUAACUUAAACAGUAUGGCCAUCUCACCUCGAAAAAACAUGGCCAUCUCUCCUAAUGUCAGGAGACAAAUUGACACAAAUAAGUAAAUAAAAUUUUUUAAUAAAUGUAAAUACAUACAUACAUACUUUGUUACAUACAUACUUUUUCAAUAUUAUUCGUAAAGUUUUUUCUUUUAAUUGUGUUUUGCCACAAAACAAAGCGAACUAAUCUUUAAUAAGCGAUACAUAGCAGCAAAUUCUAUAAAAUAUUUGAAUUGGCCAUCUCUCCCGCAUGGCCAACUCCCCCGGACUUACCCUAAUAUAAAUUUUUAUCAAUAAAAAUUAUAAUUGAUUAAAAUUUGAAUAAAUUGAGGUCCAGAUUAACAUUUUGAGUUUAUUAAUGAAAAUUAAAAUAUUA